AUGAUACUCGAGGUUGUCAAACAAAGAAAGCACCAAUGCUGCUACAUAUUGGACUAUCAGCUCUAUAAACCAGGCGAUGAUAGAAUGCUGAGCACUGAGUUUUCCGGCAAAGUCAUCAGACGAAAUAAGCAGUUGGGACUUAACGAGUACAAGUUCCUCUUGAAAGCCAUUGUCAGCUCAGGUAUUGGUGAACAAACUUAUGCACCAAAAAUGGUGUUCUGUGGCCGAGAAGCAAACCCUACUUACGACGAUGCCAUCACCGAGAUGGAUGAGUUCUUACAUGACAGCAUUGAGAAGCUUUUGUCGAGGACAGGCGUUUCUCCGUUGGAGAUUGACGUCCUCGUCGAUUAUCAAUCACUACAAGAUGAGGAUGAUAUUAAGGCCUAUAGCCUCACCGGAAUGGGCUGUAGUGCAAGUUAA